ACCUUGUGUGGACAGUAAUGACCUCACGUUUCCGAUUGCCUGCUGGCAGAACCUACAAUGUACGAGCAUCAGAGUUGGCCCGAGAUAGACUGCAUACAGAGGUGGUUUGCAACAUCCUUCUUCUGGAUAACACUGUACAGGCUUUCAAAGUUAAUAAACAUGAUCAGGGGCAGGUUCUGUUGGAGAUGGUCUUCAGGCACCUUGAUUUGACUGAGCGUGACUAUUUUGGUUUACAGCUGGCUGACGAUUGCACAGAUAACCCAAGGUGGCUGGAUCCAAACAAACCAAUAAGGAAGCAGCUAAAGAGAGGAUCUCCUUACAGUUUGAACUUUAGAGUCAAAUUUUUUGUAAGUGACCCCAACAAGUUACAAGAAGAAUAUACAAGGUACCAGUAUUUCUUGCAAAUCAAACAAGACAUACUUACUGGAAGAUUGCCCUGUCCUUAUAACACUGCUGCUCUUUUGGCUUCAUUUGCUGUUCAGUCCGAACUUGGAGACUACAGUCAAUCAGAAAACUUGCCAGGCUACCUCUCAGAUUAUUCUUUCAUUCCUAAUCAACCUCAAGAUUUUGAAAAAGAAAUUGCAAAACUACAUCAGCAACAUACAGGCUUAUCUCCUGCAGAAGCAGAAUUUAAUUACCUGAACACAGCACGUACCUUAGAACUCUAUGGAGUUGAAUUCCACUAUGCAAGGGAUCAAAGUAACAAUGAAAUUAUGAUUGGAGUGAUGUCAGGAGGAAUUGUGAUUUAUAAGAACAGAGUACGCAUGAAUACCUUUCCGUGGUUGAAGAUUGUAAAAAUUUCUUUUAAGUGCAAACAGUUUUUUAUUCAACUGAGAAAAGAAUUGCAUGAAUCUAGAGAAACAUUAUUGGGAUUUAACAUGGUGAAUUACAGAGCAUGUAAAAACUUGUGGAAAGCGUGUGUAGAACAUCACACAUUCUUCCGUUUGGACAGACCACUUCCACCUCAAAAGAAUUUUUUUGCACAUUAUUUUACAUUAGGUUCAAAAUUCCGGUAUUGUGGGAGAACUGAAGUCCAGUCAGUUCAAUAUGGCAAAGAAAAGGCAAAUAAAGACAGGGUGUUUGUAAGAUCCCCAAGUAAGCCCUUGGCACGGAAAUUAAUGGAUUGGGAAGUAGUAAGCAGAAAUUCACUAUCCGAUGACAGGUUGGAAACACAAAGCCUUCCGUCGCGAUCCCCACCUGGCACUCCUAAUCAUCGAAAUUCUGCAUUCACCCAAGAGGGAACCAGGUUACGGCCGUCUUCAGUGGGCCAUUUGGUCGGCCACGUGGUUCACACCUGCCCAGGCGAGGUGUUCGUGAGGCAUCGGUCUCCAUCUUCCACGCAAGCUAACAGCAUUGUUUUGGAAUCAUCUCCAUCACAAGAGACCCCUGGAGAUGGGCAGCCUCCAGCUUUACCACCCAAACAAUCAAAGAAAAACAGUUGGAACCAAAUUCAUUUUUCACAUUCUCAACAAGAUCUGGAAAACCAUAUUAAUGAAACAUUUGAUGUUCCAUCUUCCCCUGAAAAAGCUACUCCUAAUGGUGGUAUUCCACAUGAUAAUCUUGUCCUAAUCAGAAUGAAACCUGAUGAAGAUGGAAGGUUUGGAUUCAAUGUAAAGGGAGGAUGUGACCAGAAGAUGCCUGUGAUCGUGUCCCGAGUUGCGCCAGGAACACCUGCCGACCUGUGUGUCCCCCGACUGAACGAAGGGGACCAAGUGGUGCUGAUCAACGGUCGGGACGUUGCGGGGCACACCCACGACCAGGUGGUCCUGCUAAUCAGAGCGAGCUGCGAGACGCAUCCUGGGGAGCUCGUCCUUCUAGUUCGACCCAAUGCUGUGUAUGAUGUAGUGGAAGAAAAGCUAGAGAAUGAGCCGGACUUCCAGUACAUUCCUGAGAAAGCCCCGCUAGAUAGCAUCCAUCAGGAUGGCCAUUCCCUGCGGGAGUCGAUGGUCCAGCUGGCUGCGGGGCUCAUCACUGGGACAGUGCUGACACAGUUUGAUCAACUAUAUCGGAAAAAACCUGGAAUGACAAUGUCUUGUGCCAAAUUACCUCAGAACAUUUCCAAAAAUAGAUACAGAGAUAUUUCGCCUUAUGAUGCUACACGGGUCAUUUUAAAGGGUAAAGAAGACUAUAUCAAUGCAAAUUAUAUAAAUAUGGAAAUUCCUUCCUCUAGAAUAAUAAAUCAGUACAUCGCUUGCCAAGGGCCGUUGCCACACACCUGUACAGACUUCUGGCAGAUGGCAUGGGAACAAGGCUGCUCCACGGUUGUGAUGCUGACCACACAGGCCGAGCAUGGCAGAGUUAAGUGUCACCAGUAUUGGCCAGAACCCACAGGAAGUUCAUCCUAUGGGUGCUACCAAGUCACCUGCCACUCAGAAGAAGGAAACACUGCAUAUGUCUUCAGGAAGAUGACACUGUUUAACCAGGAGAAAAAUGAGAGUCGUCAGCUCACUCAGAUCCAGUAUAUAGCCUGGCCCGACCAUGGGGUCCCUGACGAUUCAAGCGACUUUCUGGAUUUUGUUUGCCAUGUACGAAAUAAGAGGGAUGGCAAGGAAGAACCUAUUGUUGUUCAUUGCAGUGCUGGGAUUGGAAGAACCGGGGUUCUUAUUACCAUGGAAACAGCCAUGUGUCUCAUUGAAUGCAAUCAGCCAGUAUAUCCACUAGAUAUUGUGAGAACAAUGAGAGACCAACGAGCCAUGAUGAUCCAAACUCCUAGUCAAUACAGAUUUGUAUGUGAAGCUAUUUUGAAAGUUUAUGAAGAAGGAAUUGUUAAACCUUCAACGACAUCAUCAAAUAAAUAAGAAAGCAAAGGUCUGGGAUAUGUGUUGGAAAACUGCUUUCCAUUAUAUUCACUGUGCCAUAAAACUGCUUGCAGGAAAUGGCAUCUAAACAGACAAAAAAAAAAAAAAUGAAGAACUAACAAAAACUGAAAACUUCAGCACUGUUGCACUUUAUGUUUCAAAAAAGAGUCACUCUCUCAAAAUCUGUCAUUCAUGUGUUUGAAGACUCAUGCUUUGCUCCAAACAAAUAGUGAAUAACUGAGUAUGUUCAGGGUAAUUUAUGAAAUCUUGUGGUGGUGCCAUGCAGUCCCCUUCUGGUAGAAUUGCCACAAACAAGGCUCAGAAUUCUCAUCAUCUCUGUUGUACACCUGUAUCUUGAAAGCAAAAAGAAGUCAACAUCAGGAGUCAGCUCUG